UCUCUCUCUCAUGGAUCAGGUGCAGACGGUGAGUUACGACUCCGAAGAGGUGAGCAGCAUUGAAUGGGAAUUCAUCCACAUGACAGAAGAAGAAGAAGAUCUCAUUUACCGAAUGUAUAAGCUCGUCGGUAACAGGUGGGAUUUAAUAGCGGGCCGGAUUCCGGGCAGAAAAGCAGAGGAGAUAGAGAGGUUUUGGAUCAUGGUACAUGAACGAGGCUUUCGCGCGAGGAGGAAUGUUGGUGAGAGAGCUGAAGAAACUGGACGCCGAUUGGGUAACACUUACACCACCUCGCGCCAGUCCACAGAUCGGCACUAGCAGGGCCUCUGAGGUGCCUCCGUAAUGUUGGAUGGCGAUUAACCAUACAACGGUGAGUGUCAUCAUCAACCCUGCUUCCUGUUUUGUGGUCCACUUGAGCAUUGGAUCUACUUCUUUUUUUUGGCCAUGGGGCAUAAAAUGAUAUGGAAAAAUGGAUGGACGGUGUGGAUAAAACACAUACAUCACGGUGGCCCCUCAUAGCCCCUGCCCGUGCCGAGCAUUGGAGGGCGGGGCAGCAACCAACGUGCGUUCGAAGAAAUUCGGUUUGGCCAUUAAUAUUUGGACCCCUGAUCACCUGCAGCUUGUUGGUGAUCCCAUCUAUAUCACCAGCAUGCCACUUGUUUAAGACAUCCGUGCCAUUCAAUCUGUAUGCCCCCAGCAUGAUGAUCAACUGGCACAAGAAUCAUGCCAGCCGAUGGAUUCAAUCGACAACCAAUGGCCUGAUUUGACAUGCAUGUAUUUGGCCCACUUAUUAAGUGGAUCAGCCUGAUUUUAGAGACUUGUCAUCUUAGUAUUGGGGCCUGUUGUUUGCAUGUCACGGAUGAACCUUUUCAUG